CGGUAUGAAAUCACUCCCCAAAGAAAUGCCAACUUACAGGCGGGAAAACAAUAACUGGACGUGCAGAAACCAGUAUUCCCAAAUCCCAAAUAUAACCAGACAGAUUCAACAUCACAUGCUGGCUUCGCUUUUCCUGUCGUUAUCGUUCGACAUUCUGGUGCACCUGAAUUUACCGGUUAAUCUUGUGAGUCGGAGCUGCAGUUUUCUAAAUGGAUCUCAACACGACCGUGACCUUUACCAACAUUACCAGAUCCAUACGGUUACGGGAACUGUAUCCCAAUGCAUUUCUGCUGUUCUUCAUUUCCAAUAUCUCCGUGGGCAUUAUCGGUGCUGUUCUGUGUUUACUGCUGAUAGUGUCGAUCUGCGCUACGCGAACACUACGUGGUGGCGCUCAAAUCCUCAUCAUCCAUUUACAAAGCGCCGAAGCGUUUCUCUGCAUCCUGAACAUUACCUCGUCCAUCACCAUGUAUUUUCCUCGCUUUCAGCUAACCUCCUUCUCCUGCAGCUAUUUCUUUUUCUUCAUUAUGGCAGUCUCUCAAGUGCACCAAUGGUCAUCCUUCCUGUUGGCUGUUAACCGGGUUGUCGCCAUCAUCUUCCCGCUGCAUUACCACAUCUGGACACAACGUCAGAUGAUUGUGGCUGCCAUUGGCGUUAGUUGGGUGCUACCGUUGUGUAUCAAUAUACCGAUUGCCGCGGGUAUCAUCGGGAAGUUUGAUGUAACCAACGCGUGGCCCGGAUGCGCGGUAUACCCACCGAAAGAGAAUCCCGGGACACAGAUCGCGCUGUUAUCCGUGGGGUUUUAUUUUCCUUUAGCUGGUACAUUCUUCUGUUAUCUGGCAAUCCUGUUAUACGUUCUGCUUUCAAAAUAUGUGAAAAGUCAUGGAAAAAUAGGCCCGGUCCAAUUGGUGAAACGUGCCACAUCACAACGCACGUAUAAUAAGCGAAUUCUAAUCUCCAAGAGCUUGUUCAUCUCGUCGCUGUGGUUCUUGGCGUGCUACCUGCCGUUUAGCGUGGUGUCCAGCUAUUUCUUUAGAGUGGUUAUGAUGAGCACCACGCCGUUGUGGUUGCGAGUGUGGUACAAUAUUGGCUACCUGGGAGGACCGGUGGCUUUCUUCACACUAUGCAAGGAUUACCGGCGUGGCAUUUCGUUUGUUAUUCAGCGAUGCUAUGCGUUCAUCACCCUGCAAGAUAUGCGCAUAGUGAUUCUCCCUUUAAGCAGCGGAAAAUUCACAAAUGACCGCUCUAAUGGUGCCCCGUAUGACUAUUAAAGCUGACAUAAAAUGCUUAACAGCGAUCGUUGUUCUAUAAUUACUAUUGU